UGGAACGUCACGGAAUCAGCCCACGUGAUCGCGGGUGACGACAACAGCUGCGGUCCAGACGCGUGCUUGGUGUCGAAGCGAGCGCCGCGCCUUUUUGUCGACGACGGGAAAAUAAAAAAGUUUCUCAACAUGAAAACAAAAUACGUCAAGCGGAUUGUCAAGGCCCACGCAGGUGAAGGUGUCAAGCACAGCUUAGAACUGGAGCCCACGUAUGCCAAGACUGUUCGAGCAACAAUAAUGAGGGAGCGAUAUGUUGGCUAUUGGCUGGAAUUUGUACAGCAUGGAGAUUAUGUGCAACUGGUUGCCCUUGCUCCAGGAAGUUAUGCUCAUCUAAGAGGAAAACUUCAGCCAGGAGACGUGUUGUUCAAGGUGGAGAGUUGCCGAAUGCUGGGCUACACAAGCACACUCGUCUCUGAUUUGUUGGAAGCAGCGAAUAUUGGUCGUGUUAUAUCCAUCACAGUCUUUCGCAACCUCAUCCCAUUGAUAUCCAUGAAAAAUUGCAUCGCAAACGCGAGGAGCACCACCGCCACUGCUCUGCAUGCUAGCCUGGCGAUCAAAGCGAGUGCGCGUCCACAGCGCAGACAGUCCUGCGACCUGCAGCUGAAGGUCUCCGCAAGGACGCUGCACACGCUGAAUGUUGGGUCAUCGCUGCACAGCCACGUAGUACUGCAAAAGAACACGCAUGCAGACCAGGAGCAGGAGGAGCGGCUGAGAAUAGACAUGCAGGAGCACCAUAAUUAUUUGCAGCAGCUGCAACAACAACAGCCAGAACAACAGCAGCAGAAGACAAUAACGCUGGAGUUUGUGCGCAUUGGCAAAGAGCGGAUUGUGGAGAUCAUCAUACCCGAGUAUCGGGUGGAGUUGAUUAAGGGCAGGUGUGUGGAGCAGGAGGCGGCACAGGAGCCUGUUGCAGGGCAGAGCCAGAAGAAAGGCCUCUGGAUGCGAAUAAAAGCGGGCGCAACGAAACAUCUGCAGAGGCUGCACCUGCAGAGGCACGAACGCCCUAAGCAGUAAUAUUGAGCAUAGUAUUAGAAUGCAGUAUUGCAUUAUGUAUGUUGAACUGCUUUCGCACCGUAUGUAGUCAAGUGUGCUAAUUGGAGAUAUUCGUAUACAAUACAUUAUUAGUAGACAGUACGAGCUGGCUGUUGACCCACUUUUGGAUGUUGAAAUCUGGGAAAAUGGCGUCAUGAAGGCAAUAAGCACCAGCAAAAUAACAUGAUCGUCGUUUUCUUAGUAGUUUGGACCAAUUAAUGAUUAUAUAAUUUUUACUAUUUUGUAUAUAUAAAAUGUUUGCGAUGUCAUGCUAUGUUUACAUGUUGAAGUGCUCUGCAACGGGUUUCUUGUGAAGUGCGAUAUAUGAAAUGAAGCUUGAUUUAUUUAUUGAGAA